CGGCGCUGGCGGUGGCUGCGGCAGCGGCGGCAUUUUAGUCGGCGGCAGCGGCGGCCACGGGGCUGCUGCUCCUCCCAGCAUCCCUGGCGCGGCCAUUUCAGCCCCAUCUUGGCCGAGGGGAGGGAGCUGCAGCCGCCGCUUCAGCAGUUUGAAUUUCAGUUUCUCUUGGUACGAAUCCGGCGCACCAAGGAGGAGCCGAAGAAGCAGCCACCGCUACCUCACACAGCGGCGCGCCUCCGCUCGCUGGCCUGCGGUCUGCCGCCGCCCCUCACUCUCUCAAGAGCCGCGAGGGGAGGCCGAGACCGCCGCCGCCGCCGCCGCCCGCGGGGGUGGCUCCCCCUGUAAGGGGAGGACCGAGCCGGCUUUCCCCUCCCCCAGAGCGGGUUUCCGCCAGAGACAGUCGACAUGUCCCUGGGGCUGAGCUCCGGCUAGAGCCGGGGAGGAAGGGCCGCCCGCCCGCGCCGCAGCCCCGCCGCCUGUCCGCGGACCUUCAGCCAACCCCGGCCCGCGGCUCCUGGCUGAAUUAGGAAUCUUCGGCUCCGGACACGCCACUCCUUCCCCUUCUUCCCUCAGUCGGAGAGCUCAGAGCGGACGCCGGCACUGGCCUGAGGAGCCCGAGCGGGGCAGCACCGCCCCUCACGCCGCCGCCGCCGCCGCCGCCGCCUCCUCCUCCUCCUCCUCCUCCUCCUCCUCUCCCUCCCACUCCCACCCCCAGCCAAGGCCUGCUGACCGCGCGGAGCUGGACUGAACGCGGCGGCCCAGAGACGGGAGAGGAAGCAGCCGGCCCGCCCCUGAGAUCGCGCUCUCGCCGCCACAGAGGGGAUUGAAUUGAGGCGCCGCGGCUGCGGGCGGCAAAGAGCAAGGAGGAGCCGCCGCGGGACUGAGAAGGGAGCAGAGCCGAAGAGACCGACACUGAAGGAAACGGGGAGGAGGAUGUCUCACCGAGCGGCCGGGGCCCGGAUCAGCCUGUGACUCUUACAGCGGCGGGCCUCAGACCCCAGCGCGGACUCGGACUUUGUCUUUGGGGGACCGUGCUCUGCCCUCCCCAGUUUCCGGCAGGAUCCCAGAGGAGCCGGCGUGCCUCUCUGCUCUCCAGCCUUCACCAUGUCCAAGAUGCCGGCCAAGAAGAAGAGCUGCUUUCAGAUCACCAGUGUCACCACGGCCCAGGUGGCCACUAGCAUCACGGAGGACACCGAAAGCCUGGACGACCCGGACGAGUCACGCACAGAGGACGUCUCCUCAGAGAUUUUCGACGUCUCUCGGGCCACGGAUUAUGGCCCUGAGGAGGUCUGCGAGCGCAGCUCCUCUGAAGAGACGCUCAACAAUGUUGGGGAUGCAGAGACUCCUGGGACCGUCUCCCCAAAUCUACUCCUGGAUGGGCAGCUGGCGGCCGCAGCGGCUGCUCCCGCCAACGGAGGAGGAGCCGUUUCAGCCCGGAGCGUGGCUGGGGCGCUCGCCAGUACCCUGGCGGCGGCUGCCACCUCAGCCCCCGCCUCCGGAGCACCGGGCGGGGGCCCAUCUGCCGGGCCAGGGGCUGCAGCCCCGGCUCAGCCUCCCACGACUUGUAGUUCCCGUUUUCGCGUGAUCAAGCUGGACCACGGGAGCGGGGAACCUUAUCGACGCGGCCGAUGGACGUGUAUGGAAUACUAUGAGCGGGAUUCAGACAGCAGCGUCCUAACCAGGUCCGGGGAUUGCAUUAGACACAGCAAUACUUUUGACCAGACUGCAGAGCGGGACAGCGGCCUGGGCGCCACCGGAGGGUCGGUGGUGGUAGUGGUGGCCUCCGUGCAGGGGGCGCACGGGCCCGACUCGGGAACUGACAGCUCCUUGACUGCUGUGUCACAGCUACCCCCGUCAGAGAAAAUGAGCCAGCCCACUCCGGCCCAGCCGCAGAGUUUUAGCGUUGGGCAGCCACAGCCGCCGCCGCCCGUAGGUGGGGCUGUGGCUCAAAGCUCGGCUCCACUACCGCCGUUCUCGGGAGCCGCGGCCGGGCCUCAGCCAAUGAUGACAGCCGCGCAGCUAAGUCAGCCCCAGGGAACGGGGCCGGGUGGACAGGGUCUGCCUCCGACGAAUGUAACCCUGGCGCAGCCGGCCAUGUCCCUGCCUUCGCAGCAGGGCCUGACCGUCGGCGCUACUGCAACGCAGCAGCCCCAGCAGUUCGCGUAUCCCCAGCCGCAGAUACCGCCGGGGCAUUUGCUGCCCGUCCAGCCCUCUGGCCAAAGUGAGUAUCUGCAGCAGCACGUGGCCGGCCUGCAGCCGCCAAGCCCUGCACAGCCCUCGUCCACGGGUGCCGGAGCGAGCCCUGCCUCGGCGGCCAGCCUUCCCGUGGGCACCGGCCAGAAUGCCUCCUCAGCGGGUGCGCAGAUAAUGGGGGCGUCUUCCCUGCCCAGUGAAGCCGUAGCCCCGGGGCCAGGACCAGCGCAAGGCGGGCAGGCGGCGCCUUGUCAGCCAGCUGGAGUGCCCCCAGCUGCUGUGGGAGGCGUGGUGCAGCCGUGCAUGGGUCCUACAGGGGCAGGGCAGCCCCAGUCCGUGCCUCCGCCGCAGUUGGGUGGCAGUGGUCCGCUGUCAGCCGUACCUGGUGGCCCUCACGCCAUGGUGCCCGGAGUUCCAAACGUGCCUGCAGCCGUGCCCGCUCCAAGCGUGCCUAGUGUGUCUACCACUUCUGUUACUAUGCCAAAUGUACCCGCGCCUCUGGCCCAGUCGCAGCAGCAGAGCAGCCAUACACCAGUUAGCAGGAGCAGCAGCAUUAUCCAGCAUGUUGGGCUGCCCUUAGUGCAAGGCACACACAGUGCACCAACAAGUCUACCACAAUCUGACCUAAGCCAGUUUCAGGCUCAGACUCAGCCUUUAGUCGGGCAAGUUGACGAUACUAGAAGAAAAUCAGAACCCCUACCUCAACCACCACUUUCUCUCAUUGCUGAAAAUAAGCCUGUUGUGAAGCCUCCUGUUACAGAUGCCCUGGCAAACCCCCUUCAGUUAACACCUAUGAACAGUCUGGCCACCUCUGUGUUCGGCAUAGCUAUUCCCGUUGAUGGUGAUGAAGACAGGAAUCCUUCAACUGCUUUCUACCAAGCGUUCCAUUUGAACACGUUUCAGGAAUCAAAGAGCCUCUGGGAUAGAUACCAGAAACUUUUUAAGGUAUCAGAAAUGAGGCAAGUUGCUGUAUCUGUAGUUUCUCAUGGGUUGAAAAUAUUUUCUCUUCUCCUUGGAGGCUGUUGUCCAGAGCCAAAGAAGUUAACGGAUACUUGUCUAUAUGCAUCUGGGGGAGGUGUUGUAGCCAUUGACAACAAAAUAGAACAAGCAAUGGAUCUGGUGAAAAGCCAUUUGAUGUAUGCAGUAAGAGAAGAAGUGGAAGUUUUAAAGGAACAAAUAAAAGAAUUAGUUGAAAGAAACUCUUUACUUGAACGAGAAAAUGCACUCUUAAAAUCUCUUUCAAACAAUGAUCAAUUAUCCCAACUCCCGGCCCAACAGGCCAAUCCUGGUAGCACUUCUCAACAGCAAGCAGUGAUAGCACAGCCUCCGCAGCCAACGCAACCUCCACAGCAGCCGAAUGUCUCCUCAGCAUAAAGCUUUCUUAAGCCUCAUUAAGAAAAAACUGAAAGCAAUCUAUCCUUGUGUGCCACUGGUGUUCUUUCCACUUUAUACGAAAGCAAGUAGCCAUGCUUUGGUUGUGUGUUUGGCCUUUUCAGUAUUAGACAAUCAUUCUACAAGAGCUUUUCCUCUUUCUGAGAUGUCAUGCAACAUUGUUGAUGUCCAGUUCUAUGUCAUCAGGACACAAGGAGAAUAAGAGAUGGGGUUUAUUAAAGCGAGCAAAGUCUGCAUUUUACCUGGUGCGCAUGAAUGGGGUCUUUAAGAGUUUUGGUGGCUCUCCCACGUUUCCUAUUACCCUGAGCCUUCCUAUCACAUUAUAAAUAAUAGUUCAUCUAAAGAGCCACUUUUCUUUUAAUAUCAGUAACAUUUGCCUAUAUAAGUUUUCAUUUAUUUGUGUUUUAUUUAUUACAGGGCUGCUAUUUUCAUAAUGUACAUGAACAAUGUCACAGAACUUUUUUAAUUUUUUGAAUAAUUAUCAGUAAAGGAAUUGAAAGACAGGAUUGCAUUUAAUAGAUAAAACGUUUAGGCAAUAAUUGAACAAAAGAAUCCUGGCAUAUUUCUAACACUAAUGGCAAUUUACCUUUGGUAUUUAUUUUCAGUAGUCAAGACCCAGCUUGAAUGUAAAUUUUGUAUAGUGUAAGUAUGAAGAACAUAGUGCAACUGUACAGGUAGUCACCAGUUAUUGUGAUAUAAUAAAUAAUUGGGCUAUUUUGAUGAAGAAAACUUUGUUCAUUUGUUUCUACUUUCUAAUAGAGAAAUUGCCACGAUUCCUCUGCUUUUCAACAUUUCGUAUGACUUUUUUUUCGGGUGGGAAUAAAAAGCUGUGAAAUUGUUCAACCUACUUUGUAACCAAAGAAGCAAAGCUGUGUAAUGGAGUUUUUUUUUUUUUUUUUUUUUAUAAUGCACAUUCUUUAUGUAUUUUUAUUUAGUGUUUUCUUGGUCACAAUUUUCUUUGCUGUCUAGCAUGAUCUGCAUGACCUAUAAUCUUUGAACCACUUUCGUACCUCAUGUUUUUAAUCCAGCACUCUUAUGUAAUAUGUACUAGUCUGUGAACAAUGUCAAAUAAAGAACGAACAGGUAGUAUGGUGGAGCUGAGCUAGUGUACAAUACACUAGUUGUAAAAAAAAAAAAAAAUGAAGUGAGCCAUCUUUUGUUCAUUUAAAAUGGUGUUUUGAAUUUCGUAUGCAGAAAACGUUUUGUUACAUUGCAGAUUUUAAUGUAUUUAAUAAAUGCAACAUGCAGAUUAAGUGCAGUGUAUACUGAGUAUUUAAAUUAAAAUGUACAUUUCAUAAAUACAGUUUCAAGAGAAAGCAUCAUUUUGUGUAUACUAACACAUUAAGUGUAUGUCAGAAAUUGAUGUAUAAAUAUAUAUUUUAACACAUUUUCUGAAAUUAAACUGCAGUUUUGUUGAAA